AUGCUCAAGGUUCACAGAAUCAGCUCCGUUGAGUGGAAGCCCUCAGCUGUCGUUGCCCUAGCCACCAGCGCCGACGGCUCGCAAGUAGCCGCCGCCCGCGCAGAUGGCUCGCUUGAGAUUUGGCUCGUUUCUCCCGGCUCCGUCGGCUGGCACUGUCAGCUUACUAUACAUGGGGACCCUAAUUUGAGGGUGUCUUCGUUGGUGUGGUGUCGGUCCGGGCUGAGAGGUGGGCCGUUGGGCCGGCUGUUGUCUUCCAGCAUUGAUGGAACCGUUUCAGAGUGGGAUUUGUUCGAUUUGAGGCAAAAGCAAGUUUUAGAUUCCAUCGGCGUCUCGAUUUGGCAGAUUGCUGCAGAGCCAUGUAAUGAUUUACAACAUAGUAGUAAUAAAAAAAUGAGAUUUCAUGAGAAUGGUCAUUCUAGUCCUGAAAUCACUAGUGAUGUUGAUGAAGUGGAGAGUAGUGAAAGUGAAGAUGAAGGUGACAAUAAAGGCCCACAUGAAAUUCAAAUCCAAGAUGAUGAAAAGUAUACUCGUCUGGCACUAGCUUGUGAUGAUGGCUGUGUGCGAAUAUACGACGUGUCAGAUGAAGGAAAACUUACUUACAGUAGGGCGUUGCCGAGGGUUAGUGGACGUACCCUUAGUGUAAUUUGGAGUCCAGACUCGAAUAGGAUUUAUUCUGGGAGCAGUGAUGGCUUCAUUAGAUGCUGGGAUGUGAAAUCUUUUCAUGAGGUCUACAGAAUAACUGUUGGGCUUGGAGGCCUGGGCAGUGGAAAAGAUUUAUGUAUAUGGUCUUUACUUGCAUUGAGAUGUGGGACCAUUGUUAGUGGGGAUAGUUCUGGUAGUGUGCAGUUUUGGGAUGGACAGUUUGGAACCCUUUUGCAGGCACAUUCUUAUCAUAAGGGUGAUGUCAAUGCAUUGGCGGCAGCCCCUAGCCACAAUAUAGUUUUUUCUGCCGGUUCUGAUGGUCAGGUCAUACUGUAUAAACUUUCGGGUGAGGUAGUUGGCUCCACUAGCAGAAAGUUGGCUCCUGACGUUAUCAAGAAAUGGACAUAUGUUGGUUAUGUAAGAGCUCAUACACAUGAUGUGAGGGCAUUGACUGUGGCUACACCCAUCUGCCAUGAAGAUCUGCCACCAGAUGUAAAGGUGAAGAGGGCACGAGGUCGCAUGAAGCCCCUUGAAUUCAGCUACCAUAAGUGGGCUCAUUUGAGUGUGCCGAUGCUUAUCUCUGCCGGUGAUGACACUAAACUCUAUGCAUAUUCCGUAAAUGAGUUCACCAAGUUUUCGCCGCAUGAUAUAUGCCCUGCACCACAGAGAAUGCCGAUGCAACUUGUGCAAAAAACAGUUUUCAGUCAGACUCCAUUGCUUUUGAUCCAGGCUGCCCACUCGUUAGACAUCUAUUGUGUGCGUCUAAAAAGCCAUGCUGCAUCUGAGUUUGGUCCAGGAACUUCUGGUGGGCUUGCAAGCACAGAUUUAAUAGCUCGAGUUAAAUGUAAGGUUUCUCGGAAGAUCAUAUGCAGUAGAAUUUCUUCGUCAGGCACUUCAUUUGCCUACUCUGACCAUGUGAAACCUAGUUUAUUUGAAUUGAAGAGAAAUAAAUCGGGCAAGGGUUCUUGGACUGUAAAUAAAAGGCAGCUGCCUAAGGAAUUGCCAUUUGCCCACUACAUGGUUUUCACUUCUGAUUCGUCACGAUUGCUAUUAGCUGGGCAUGACAGAAGGAUAUAUAUGGUAGAUGUGGGAAGUACGAAGUUAGUGCAUGCUUUCACUCCUUGUCGCAAAGACGAUGACGAGACUCUACCGCCUAGUGAACCUCCCAUCACAAAAAUGUUCACAAGUGCUGAUGGCCAGUGGUUGGCUGCCAUCAACUGCUUUGGAGAUGUGUAUAUAUUCAAUCUUGAGACACUAAGGCAACACUGGUUUAUAUCAAGAUUGGAUGGAGCCUCUGUAACUGCUGGUGGUUUUACCCCUCGAACUAGCAGUGUUCUUAUAAUCUCCACCUCUUCAAAUCAGGUGUAUGCAUUAGACGUGGAGGCCAAGCAGUUGGGAGAGUGGUCCACACGUCACACUUUUUCUCUGCCCAAAACAUAUCAAGAAUUUCCUGGAGAAGUUAUUGGUCUUUCCUUCCAGCCAUCCUCUAGCUCGUCUUCUGUCGUUGUCUACAGUCCCAGGGCAAUGUGCUUGAUCGAUUUUGGAAUGCCUGUCGAUAAAGAGGAUGACGUCGACAUGAGAAUCGGACAGGGCAAUGGGGUAGUUAAACGUAAACUGCAGGAUCUCGAAAGCAAACGAAAAAAUUUCGAGUUUUGUGCUUUCAGAGACCCUGUUUUGUUGGUGGAACAUCUUUCGAAAAAUUCGCUACUGGUGAUAGACAAACCUUGGAUACGUGUAGUCGACUCUUUAGAUACACAGCCUGUGCACAGACAUGUUUUCGGGACUUGA